AUGCUACAAGCUGCUAAAAUUAUUGGAACAGGAUUGGCUACAACAGGUUUAAUUGGUGCUGGUGUAGGUAUCGGUGUUGUAUUCGGUGCAUUAAUACUAGGUGUUGCUAGAAAUCCUUCAUUAAGAGGACAAUUAUUCUCAUAUGCUAUCUUAGGUUUCGCUUUUGCUGAAGCUACUGGAUUAUUCGCAUUAAUGAUGGCUUUCUUAUUAUUAUAUGUU